AUGCCUCUGGGGAUGAAUAAGCAUGGAUCUCGCUCUACUACCUCUUUGCCUCCGGACCCCACGGAGAUCGUCAGGAGCAAGGCCUGCUCCCGCAGGGUCAAGCUCAAUGUGGGGGGGCUGGCCCACGAGGUUCUCUGGCGGACCUUGGACAGGUUGCCACGGACCAGGCUGGGUAAGCUUAGAGACUGCAACACACACGACUCCCUCAUGGAGAUCUGUGAUGACUACAACCUGGAGGAGAAUGAGUACUUCUUUGACAGGCACCCCGGGGCAUUCACCUCAAUCUUGAACUUCUAUCGUACUGGCAAGCUGCACAUGAUGGAGGAGAUGUGCGCCUUGUCCUUCAGCCAAGAGCUGGACUACUGGGGGGUGGAUGAGAUCUACCUGGAGUCCUGCUGCCAGGCCCGCUACCAUCAGAAGAAGGAGCAGAUGAAUGAGGAGCUGAAAAGAGAAGCUGAGACAUUGAGGGAAAGGGAAGGGGAGGAAUUUGAUAACACUUGCUGCGCUGACAAAAGGAAAAAGCUCUGGGACCUCCUGGAGAAGCCCAACUCCUCCGUAGCGGCCAAGAUUUUGGCAAUCAUUUCCAUCAUGUUUAUUGUACUAUCUACAAUUGCCUUGUCCCUAAACACACUUCCUGAACUACAAGGCAUGGAUGAAUUUGGGCAGACCACAGAUAAUCCUCAACUAGCCCAUGUGGAAGCAGUGUGCAUUGCAUGGUUUACAAUGGAAUACCUCUUGCGGUUCCUAUCCUCGCCUAAGAAAUGGAAGUUUUUCAAAGGCCCGCUGAAUGCUAUUGAUUUGCUAGCUAUCCUACCAUACUAUGUCACUAUCUUUCUCACUGAAUCCAAUAAAAGUGUACUUCAGUUCCAAAAUGUACGACGAGUGGUCCAAAUAUUUCGGAUUAUGAGGAUACUCCGGAUUCUAAAGCUUGCCCGGCACUCAACGGGUUUACAGUCCUUGGGGUUUACAUUGAGGAGAAGUUACAAUGAGCUUGGUUUACUCAUCUUGUUUUUGGCCAUGGGCAUUAUGAUCUUUUCCAGCUUAGUGUUUUUUGCAGAAAAGGAUGAGGACGAUACAAAAUUCAAGAGCAUCCCAGCUUCUUUCUGGUGGGCAACAAUCACCAUGACAACAGUAGGCUAUGGAGAUAUCUACCCCAAAACACUUUUAGGUAAAAUAGUAGGAGGACUGUGCUGCAUUGCUGGAGUGCUGGUGAUUGCUCUUCCUAUCCCAAUUAUUGUCAAUAACUUCUCUGAGUUCUACAAAGAGCAGAAGAGGCAAGAGAAAGCCAUUAAGCGCAGAGAAGCUCUUGAAAGGGCCAAAAGGAAUGGUAGUAUCGUCUCCAUGAACAUGAAGGAUGCAUUUGCCCGUAGUAUAGAACUUAUGGACAUUGUGGUUGAAAAGAAUGGAGAAAGCAUAGCCAAAAAGGAUAAAGUUCAGGACAAUCAUUUAUCUCCCAACAAAUGGAAAUGGACCAAGAGAACGCUCUCUGAAACUAGCUCUAGUAAAUCUUUUGAAACUAAAGAACAAGGAUCUCCAGAGAAAGCUAGGUCAUCUUCAAGCCCCCAACACCUGAAUGUCCAACAGCUAGAAGACAUGUAUAACAAAAUGGCAAAGACUCAGUCACAGCCAAACCUUAACACUAAAGAGUCAAGUCAACCUGGAAAGCAAAAGGAAGAGCUAGAAAUGGAGACCCUUCCCGGCCCUAUGGUGCCCUUGCUGACAACUCGCACCGAUGGGAUCAUUGACAUGAGGAGCAUGUCCAGUAUUGACAGCUUCAUAAGUUGUGCUGCAGAGUUCCCUGACUCUGGGAGGUUUUCCCACAGCCCACUCGCUACCCUUCCCUGCAAAGGUGGCGUUAAUGUGAUUCAGGAGCAGAGCAGAGCAGAAGGGAGUAGUGCCAGAUUUGCAGAAAUAAGCUCUGAAGGCAGCCACCGUUCUGCUUUUUUCAUAGAAAGUCCAAAAAGCUCCAUAAAGGCCAGUAACCCUUUAAAACUAAGAUCUCUGAAAGUCAACUUCAUGGAGGAGGAUGCCAGCACGUUAGUACCAGCAUCAAAUGUCCUGAGAAUAUAUCCAGACACUCUCAAGAGCAGGGGAGCUGCUGCUGCCACCGUCACAGAUACUUCCUUACUCUCUGACAGAUCUCUCAUGAGCCCAGAAACCUCCAUCUACACAACCGCGAGUGCGAGAACACCUCCAAAGUCACCAGAGACACAGACAGCCAUAGCUUUCAACUUCCAUGAUGCCGGUAUUCACAAAUACAUAGAUGCUGACACUGAUGAUGAAGGUCAGCUGCUUUAUGAUUCAAGUCCUCCUGGAAAUGUGAGUCCUAAGUACAAUGUUACAAACAUUGGUUAUCUAAAGCAAAAGGACAAUGUUUAUAGAACAGAGAAGAACCAUCUAGAAGCUGCUGCUUUACCCACCUCCCCUAAGCUAAUAGGGCAAAACUGCAUUUAUUCUAUGGAAGGUAUCACUGGAAGAACCCAGGGCAAUCAGGAGUCUGUCAGACUAGAAAAUCACAUUUCCCCAGAAGUCCAUGUGUUACCAGGCAGUGGAGGACAUGCUAACACACAUGAUCAAAGCAUCUGAACAGGCUCCAAGAGAACUUACUGAAAGUUUAAAGGAAUGUCCUUACAGUCAACUCAAAAACAAAAAAAAAACAAAAAACAAAAAACAAACAAACAAAAAAAAAGAGCUUCUGCAUGGCAUGAACUUGGCUGAAACAAGCCAUCUGUUUCUAAAAGUCUGAGGGGAGGUCCAGUGUGGGUUUGUGAAAAUGUCCUUCUCUGAAACAACUCUAAAGACAUUGCCCACAUCAGUCAAAAAUAAGGAUUGCAAGUCAUGAUCACACAUUGAUCUCCUUUCAUGUUGUCCAGUGAAGCCAAUGUGACCAAAUAUCCAUCCAUUCCCCUUGAACGCUAGAGCUCCUUUUGGAAAUAUUAACACCUGAUUUGCGUUAGUUCCAUAAAGGAUGCCAAGGCAGCCAGAUAUGAACUCUGGAAUAAUUUGCUGGGGUUGGUAUAAAGCUAUCUAAAACACAAUGCUCUUUGCUUCAGGGCAGCUGUUUCUCAUCUGCAGCUUUCUCUGAUGGAUAUUAUGUCUAAAGGUAACAGGGAACACUUGCAUUAUUAGAAAAAUCCAAGUGAAAACCAUUUAAAACAAAUAGCGGUCUAGAGAAACCAGUUAUUAAAAUGCUCUGUGUGUGUUUAACAAUACUAUAUCCUGUAGGACCUGACGUUUUCUUUUGAAACAUCAGCAGGGUGAGUUGCACCACUUGUAUCUAACUCCAAACACCCCUUAGGACGUAGUGAAACUCGCACUUACCCUCUGCUAAAAUCAAAAACUGCCCUUUGGGCCAGCACGUAGCCCUCGGGGCACACACAGCCCAUGCUGGGAAGGUGUGAAGGAGCCAUGCAGAAGCAGGGAUCUCCAGCAGCAUCACAGCCCCCUCCCCACAGCUGGGGAGCAUGGGGUUAGAAGGGGAGCUCAGCUCCUCUCUGGGCUCCCGGCUGCACCAUGGCAGCUCCCAGCCCUACAGGGAUGGCCGAGUGCAGUAGCUGGCCCUGAGGUUUGGUCUGGGCAUGGCCGGCUCCUCGGUCCUACCCUUCCCACCCGCGCCCUGACUUCAGGCAUCAGCUGAAGUCUUGCCCUUGGCGUAGGAGAGGAACCAGUUGGUCUGAAGCUUUUCGCGCCCACGUGGCGUGGUGAAAGAUAUGCAAGCGUUACAUAAAUAUGCAAAAAGAGGGAUUCUUUAGCUACCCGCCCCGGGCCUGGUUGUGCUCUCUCUUGUGAGGAGGUUGGGUGGGAGCAUCUCCUGUCGUGUUGGUGCAUCCAGCAGCACGGGGAGACUGCCAGAGACAGCAGGACCAGGCCUGAUGUUUUAAUAGCAUCCACUCAUUUUUAAGUGAA